GAUCCGCUGGACAAACACACACAGAAAGGAAGGAAAUUUCCCAAAACCAACGUUUCUCACGCCUGCAGUAUCUUGCAUACUUUUUGUUGAAUCAAUCACAUCCAGCUGCAAAUAUGUUGUUAAAGGGUUGCGGCCCUGCUCUUGGAGCUCGGGCGAGGACUAGAACUCGCGAUGGUGCAAGCGGAGCAGUUAUUCUACGUGAUGUGCUUCGCGACAGAAUCGCUGUGACGGGCUGCCCCGCCAAGCGCACGCGGCACGUUGCUGCUCCCGCCGCACCCAACGGCAGCUCCGGCGCUGAUGACGGCCCCGCGGCCCCGGCCCCUACCAGCGCCGACCCAGCAGUGCUUGCGGCGGCCGCUGAGGGACGUCUGCCGCCCCCGGCCUCGACCGGCCCCUCCAGCCUUGUGGCCCAGCAGCAGCAGCAGCAGCAGCAGCAGCAGCAGCAGCAGCAACAGCAGCCGGCGGGCGCAGCUGUCGUGAUGGCUGCGGGCCGCGUGCUGGGCGGCGGCAAGUACACCAUUGAGGAGGUGCUGGGCGCCGGCAGCAACGCAGUGGCGUACCGGGCCCGCCGGCCCGACGGCAGUGAGGUUGCUCUCAAGGCGCUAUCGCUGCGCUCGCUGCGCGACUGGAAGCAGCUGGAGCUGUUCGAGCGGGAGGCCAAGACGCUGGAGUCGCUCAGCCAUCCAGGCAUACCGCGCUACGUCGACUACUUUGAGGAGGACGACCCCAAUGACCGCGCCUUCGUGCUGGUGCAGGAGGUGGUGCGCGGCAGGAGCCUGGCGGACAUGCUGCGGGCCGGCCAGCGGGCCACGGAGCAGGAGGUGGUGCGUAUCGCUGGCGAGAUGCUGGGGGUGCUGGAGUACCUCAGCUCGCUCAGGCCGCCCGUCAUCCACAGGGACGUCAAACCAGACAAUAUCAUUGUCGAGGGCGGCGCCUGGGGCGGCCGAGUAUACCUGGUGGACUUCGGGGGCGUGCAGGCGGUGGCCAACGCCGGCGAGCUGUCGGGGCUGGGCUCCACCAUCGUGGGCACCUUUGGCUACAUGGCGCCGGAGCAGUUCCGCGGCGCCGCCGACACCGCCUCCGACCUGUACGGCCUGGGGGCCACACUGCUGUACCUGCUCAGCGGCCAGCCGCCCGGCUCCUUCCCCCAGGAGCGCAUGCGCAUCAACUGGCGCGCGGGCCUGGGCGCCGCCUCCGCCCGCGCGCUCGAGUCGGGCUGCCCCGGGCUGGCGGGCGUGCUGGACGGUCUGCUGGAGCCGCUGGCGGAGGACCGGCUCACGGCGGCGGAGGCGCGGCGGCUGCUGGCGGGAAAGCCUCUGGACCGCGGGGCACGUGCGUCCAGCGGCUUUGCACGGAAGCGGGCCGCACAGCGCGCGCCCAUGCCGCCGCCCGCCAGCAUUCAGGAGGCGUACAUGCAGCAGGUCAUGGGCAACGCCAUGCGGCCGCCGGUGCCGGUGUCCAAGCCCGCCGGGACGCGUGUGGAGCUGGAGCGCACCCGCACCCGCCUGGACGUCGUCAUCCCGCCGCGGGGCUUCACGGCGGACACGGCCUUCACGGGUGUGUUCGCAGUGGCCUGGAACGCCUUCGUGGCCUUCUGGACCGUGGGUGCGCUCGCCAGCGGGGGACUGCUGUUCGCGCUCUUCAGCGCGCCCUUCUGGUUCGCGGGCGCGCAGCUGGCCAAGGGUGCACUGGGCGGUGCCCUGACGCGGGAGCGCUUCGCGGUGGGCCCCAACAAGUGGCGCCUGGGGCAGCAGCUGGCGGUGUUUGGGCAGGACGGCAAGAGCGCGGACUUCCUGGAUGGACAGAACGAGCGGGUGCAGGAGGGCUCCACCCGCGACCUGAGCGGCGCGCGUGUCGUGACCACCGCCUUCAUCAACGGCGUGCCGCAGACCGCCAUCGAGGUGCUGGCGGGCGUGAACAGGCACCGCUUCGGCGAGGGUCUUGAGAUGGUGGAGCAGCAGUGGCUGGUGCAGGAGAUUAACGACCAGAUUGCGGAGCUGCAGGGGCGGGACCUGGACCUGUCCGCGUUGCCGCCGCCCGACAUGCCGCAAGUGGUCAACGACUCGGACCGACGCGAUGAUGAUGACGACGACCGGUGGCGCAGCCGGUAGCGCUGUUUGGGCGCUUGCGAUGUGGCGUGUUACGGCUCGAGGGGCAGCGAGUUGCAGUUCGGAAGUUGGGGAUUUGGCUAGGGUGGGGGUGGCAGGGUGGCAGGGUGGCAGUCAUGUGGGUUGUGGGCGUCGUGUGUGGGGCAUGUGUGCGCAAGCUGCAGUCGGCAGAGGACUGGGUUGAAUGAAGGUCAAGGAUGCGGGCGAUGUCCGAUGGUCCUGGAAUACGUGUGCCGAAUGGUGCUCGCGGUGGGUGCUUGCACUGGGGUGCUCGGACGGAGGGUGUUGCAACAUGACGUAUGAACCACUUGCACCUGGCCAAAAUAGAAUGCAAUACGUCUAGUUAGCUCUGUAUAUAUUGGUGUAGUGCUGAGUUUUCUUGUACUCGUGUAACUGAACUCUUAU